CGCAGGCACACAGAACCGCGACCGGAGCCGAUAACCGAGGAGUCUUCGCAGCUCAGACAUGCCCGGCAGUAAGGUGUGCUUGUGUGCCCUGCUCGUGACCGUGCUGGCGGCGGUCUGCCUCGCGGUGCCCCUGCCCGAGACCCUGGGCGACGCGGGCGCGGCGCUGGCGCACAGGGACGCGCUGCGGGAGCGCGCGCGGGCGCUGCGGGAGAGGACCCCGAGCGGCGCCCCACGAGACCCCGCACAGGGAGCGCGCGUGGCCAGGCAGGACCGCCUGGGCUCGCUAACUGAGGAGCAGCGGGACCUCGUGUCCAGAUACGUCCUGCAGGCGCUCACGGAGUUAGCGCACCGCGAGGGCUGCAGCGACGACCACCCCAUCAACAUCUCGGACCGCGACUAUCACGGAUGGAUGGACUUCGGGCGGCGCAGCGCCGAGGAGCUCGACUCUUGAAGCCUCUAGUGGCCUCUUGGGGGAAGUGCACCCUGCCGACUUUUGCAAAAAUCAAGAUUCCAUUGACAAGUCGCCAGUACUGUACAGAUUUGCAAGCUGCAGUAGAUGAUAUUUUGUUUAUUUGAAAUAUGAUCAUGAAUAAAUUAAAAUUACCUUCUGUAAUAUAA